UGAUAUAACAAUAGGUACCAGAUUGAAAUAUGUCUGCGCCCAUGAACUGACCGACUAUCGUUUUAAAAACGUCAAUAAAAGUUUGAUUUACAGACAGAUAUUUCAGUGUUAGAACAUGGAAGUUGAGCAUAGAAAGAACACAGAAGUCGAGCAUAGAAAAGAUGACAGGAAAAGACAACAUUCACCAGAGUAUGAUGUGAAAAAAGAAGAAAAGAAAAGAGCUAGAUCAAGGUCUCCAGAACGAAAACACAAGAAAAGAGAUAGAGAAAGACACAGAUCUAGAAGUAGAGAACGUCCAAAGAGAAGUGGAAGUAAAGAUAGGGAUAGAAAGAGAAGUCGUAGCAGAGAUAGACACAAGAAAAAGUCAUCAAGAAAAGACAAGUCAACUGAAGAAGAAGAAAAAGUGCAGAAGAAAGUUCCUUUGUCACUAGAGGAAUUACUGGCAAAAAAGAAAGCUGAGGAAGAAGCUCUCAGUAAACCCAAGUUUUUAUCAAAAGAAGAAAGAGCAGCUGAAGCUCUAAAGAAAAGACAGGAACAGGUUGAAGAGCAAAGAAAAAAAACGGACGAAGAAAAGAAGAAACAACUGGAAUUCCUAAGUGCUGGCAGAGAAUGGGGAGUUGAUGACAGGAGAGACAGGGGAUACCAAAGUUACCGUGAUAGAGAUCGUGAAAGAGACAGAGAAAGAGAAAGAAGAGAACGGGAGAGAGAAAGAAAUAAAGAUGCAGACGAUAAAGAUAAAGUCAUGGAAGAAAAAGAAAAGGAUAAAGUUGUUGAAGCCAUUAAGGAUAGAUACUUAGGGAUGGCGAAAAAGAAGAGAAGAAUUCGUCGAUUGAAUGACAGAAAGUUUGUAUUUGAUUGGGAUGCUGGUGAUGAUACAUCAACAGAUUACAAUCCAUUAUAUAAAGAGAAACAUCAAGUUCAGUUCUUUGGUAGAGGCUAUGUAGCUGGUAUUGAUUUAAAAAGUCAGAAAAAAGAACAGUCCAUGUUUUAUGGAGAUUUAUUAGAAAAAAGAAGAUCAGAAACUGAAAAAGAGCAGGAAAAGAAGAGGUUGAAGAAUGUAGCAAAGAGGGAUGCCAAACAGAAAUGGGAUGAUCGUCACUGGAAAGACAAGCCCCUUAGUGAAAUGGCUGAGAGAGACUGGCGUAUUUUCAAGGAAGAUUUCAAUAUCAUGUGUAAGGGAGGAAGAAUUCCAAAUCCUUUCCGUAAUUGGAAUGAAUCUGAUUUACCAAGUGAUCUCAAAGAGAUCAUUGAUAGAGUGGGUUACAAGGAACCUACACCUAUUCAAAGACAGGCCAUACCUAUUGGUUUACAGAACAGAGAUAUUAUAGGUGUAGCCCAGACUGGUAGUGGAAAAACAGCUGCUUUCUUGCUACCACUGCUCAAAUGGAUUCAGGGAUUACCAAAAAUUGAAAGAAUGGAAGAUGCAGAUCAGGGACCAUAUGCUAUAAUUUUAUCACCCACUCGUGAACUGGCACAGCAGAUUGAGGAAGAAACUGUCAAAUUUGCUCUAAGUCUGAAUAUAAGGACUGUAGCAGUUAUUGGUGGUCUAUCUAGAGAAGAACAGGGAUUUAAAUUAAGACAAGGAUGUGAGAUUGUUAUUGCAACACCAGGACGUUUGAUUGAUGUUUUAGAGAACAGAUAUUUAGUACUGGCUCAAUGUACCUAUGUUGUUAUGGAUGAAGCAGAUAAAAUGUUAAAUAUGGGUUUUGAACCUGAUGUACAAAAGAUACUGUCAUAUCUCCCAGCCUCUAACCUUAAACCAGACAAUGAAGAUGCUGAAGACAGUGAAGUAUUGAUGAAAAAUUACAGUACAAAGAAAAAGUACAGACAGACUGUGAUGUUUACAGCCACUAUGCCCCCAGCAGUAGAGAGAUUAGCAAAGAAUUACCUUAGAAGACCUGCAGUUGUAUACAUAGGAUCUGCUGGUAAACCAGCAGAGAAAACAGAACAAAUUGUGUACAUGGUUUCAGAUAAUGAGAAGAGGAAGAAAUUGGUUGGAAUCCUACAGAGUCGUUUGGAACCACCAAUUAUUAUCUUUGUCAAUCAGAAGAAAGGAGUUGAUGUGUUGGCUAAAUCGCUGGAAAAGAUGGGUUUCAAUGCUACAACAUUGCAUGGUGGUAAAGGACAGGAACAGAGAGAAUUUGCUUUAGCUAGUCUCAAGAAUGGGUCAAAGGAUAUCCUAGUAGCUACUGAUGUGGCUGGUCGUGGUAUUGAUAUCAAAGAUGUAUCUCUUGUCAUUAAUUAUGACAUGGCAAAAUCUAUUGAAGAUUACACACAUCGUAUCGGAAGAACUGGUCGUGCUGGCAAGACUGGUGUGGCUAUUUCAUUCUUAACCAAGGACGACAGUUAUGUUUUCUAUGACUUGAAGCAAUGUUUGAUAAACAGCCCUGUAUCACACUGUCCACCAGAGCUGGCAAGCCAUCCUGAUGCUCAGCACAAACCGGGAUUAGUUGUUCAAAAGAAGAGAAAAGAUGAAACCAUUUUCUUAAGCUAACUUACAUGCAUUUCUUUAAUAAUAUUGGUCAGACUUUAAUAACAUGUUUAAAGAUAUCCAAGAUUGUUAUGACCAAGAGUUAUGUAUAUUUGAAUUUGGUCUGUAUUUCAGAUGGGUUCAUGAAAUAUGUAUCCUGUGACUUUAUAUUUUACAUUAUGGGAUUAUGAUGUAAUGAUAAGCAUGGAUGCAGUUUGAAGAUCUACUUUAUAUAUAUGACAAAUUACACUGCUACAGAUAGGUCUCUGUGUAUAAUAUUUUUAGAUACUGCAACUUCUUUAAAAUAUAGUACUGAAGAACUUUUUUUAAAGUAUAAAACUUCAAAAUACACUGAUAACAACUUCUGUCAGCUGAAUUUUGUUUUAUUUUUAGUUUUUACCUACACAGUACAAGUAUUACUACACUCAGACAUAAGCUAAGGUUGGACUAAUUUGAAUUAUGUUAAAUAUAUUAGUACUCUUUCAUGAACUAUGAAAUGUUUUGUCAUGUUAAUGGAUACCCAAGUUUUCAUGAAGUAUAUGUUGUAGAUGUUAUAAAUAAAUCAUGGAAAUAUA